GUCAAGCGCAUUCUUAGCUUGAUUACGAGCAACGCACUCACCAUCAGAAUGCGGAUAGUUUUAUCGAGCUUAGAAAUUUUCUUGGCAAUAGUCGUGGCAGAGUCGUAACUAAGAUGGUGUGAGCAGGAGUCAUCCGUAUCAUCCCAUCUUAACUAUUAUGGUUAGCCCCUUGAAGCUCUGGGUGGAGAACAGAGCUUGUCGUAUAAUUAUCCCCUUUACUGGUUGUGCACCCACACUGCUGCCGGCAGAUAUAAAACCUUGCGAUCUCACAUUUACCAUACAAGCUACGUAGAAUACUGAAGCAGUGGCGAACUAGCUGUCCAAACCAUGAGCGAACCGACAGAUAUCAGAGAGUCCAACGAGAUCCUCAUCGUUGGAGGAGGGCCUACGGGGCUCAUCUUGUGUUAUGAGCUUCUUCGUCGUCAGAUUCCCGUACGCAUUAUUGAGAAGCGCCGGGGUGCGUCACACACAGCCCGAGCAUUUAGCAUUCAUGCUCGCACAAUGGAGAUGUUUGACCACAUGUCAAUCAGCCCCCGGAUGAAGGAAGUAUGUCUAGAAUGUCCAGGGAAUAUCUUCAAUUUCCCGGGAAUUCCUCCCGAGCAGUGCCCAAAGAAUGACUUCACAUCCCUUCCCACGAGAUAUCCGUUCUGGUAUAAGAUCAGCCAGAACAACUUCGAGCAAGUGCUCAGGAAUCAUCUCCUUGCUACACACGGUGUGGUACCGGAAUACUCGACUCAGCUCAUCGGUCUUUCAAAACCAGAAGAGGUGGAAGCCAAGGGGAGAGCCACCGCUGUAAUCCAGUUACCGGAUGGAAAGCAUGAGAAGGUCAGCUAUCCUUGGGUAGUUGGGUGUGAUGGUGUCAGAAGCUUUGUUCGUCAAGCUGCUGGAAUAGACUUUCCCGGCAAUUAUCUGGCUUCGAUGGCUAUGAUGGACGGUCCGCUGGAAAACGUCAAAAUCGAUACCGAUUGGAUGCACUACUUCUUCAGCAAAGACCUCUUCAUGGUAUUCUCAAGCAUGCCUGGAGAUAAUCUCUAUCGUAUCUAUAUGUCCGAUCCCACAGGUGAACUUGCGAAGAGGGAAGACAAGCAGCAGAUGUUUCAAGAAGUCUCCGACAAACUCGGCGUCGGCAUCAAGGUCGGUAAACCUGAAUGGGCAACGACCUGGGACGCAUAUAGCAACAUGGCCUCGCGGUAUCGCCAUGGCAGACUGCUUAUUUGUGGUGACGCUAGUCACGUCCACUCGCCUGCCGGCGGUCAGGGGAUGAAUGGGUGUAUGCAGGACGCAUUCAAUCUAGGCUGGAAGCUCGCAGCUGUGUACAAAGGCCAAGCAUCCCCCGGCAUCCUCGACACCUACGAAAAGGAGCGCAAGCCCAUUGGUGAACAAAUCACCGCAGGUGCCGCCGCAACUCACAAGAUUGUCCUGGGCUUCGGAAUUGAGCCUGCAGACCGCUUUCCUCUAACCCAGGUGCCCGACUGGGAAGAGAAAUGCGUGUAUCUCGUCUCUGGCAUAGCCCAUAACUACACCGAAACUGUCACACCACUCCUCCCACUCAUUUACCAGAACAAUCCCGUUCCUGGCCCAAAACCAGGGAGCCGUGCCCCCGAUGCGUUGCUCACAGUCUCUCCACAACGCUACGCAUAUGACAUCUUUCGCCGUCCCGAAUUCACUCUUCUCAUCGUCCCAGACCUGUCUUCGGAGAGGAAACCUGGCCAGAUAGCGCUCGCCGCGCGUGUCCGCGAUACCAUCAUGCAGCGCUUCCGAGGUCACGUUUGCGUGUAUUUAAUAUCGGAUCAGCGUGAGGAAGAGUUCGGCUACGAUAAUCAAAGCAUAGAUCAAGUCGGCGAGCUCAGGGACAGAUACGGUAUUGAGAAAGAUGGAGAAGGCGAGGGAAGGAUUGUGCUUGUUCGUCCGGAUUUGUAUAUUGCUUUAGCUUGUGAGCUUCCGCACUGGGAGGGCAUUCUUGAAUACCUAGCUGGAUGGUACUUUGAAGCUAAGUAGACACGACUAGUGAAUUCAGAGUAACAAGACGAGCGCCUAAUUCGUCGGCUUACUGCGCACUUCCUACUUUAUCUGGAAAUGCUCUGCGAUGUCUCGUUCUUCAAUUGGCUAGUUAGCUGAAAAUCGGGUAUUUAACAUACGUAAUCGCUCAGUGCCUAAGCGCAAUGGAACCCCUUUCCUACCUGCGGCCUUACUUUAGCUAACGCCCUGUGUUUCGCAGUAUUGUACUGCGCCAUAUUUGGCAAUAUGAUCACAGAGGCCAAGGAGUCGAUGAUCACGAUUGAUCCACGAGUGCUACCUUUGCCAGGCACCGAAACAUCGUAGAGCACGGGGUUCUGAGACUUCAUAGCUGCUGCUGCAGCUUAAGUAACAAGAAACGUUCCAAAGACAUUUACAUUUUUGACAUGUCCGAAGUCCUCAGAAUCUGUGCUCGAAAUUAGACCGGAGGUCGUAGCGGCGAUCUAAGUUUAACGACGCAUUAGUGAAUAGGAUAGAUCAUGGAUAAGGGAAGAUGAGAGAUGUGCUCAC